AUGAACGGACUCGUCGCAUAUGGCUCGGAUUCGGAGGACGAAACGGAAGUUUCAGCACCAGCGCCACAAGUGAAGAAACCAUCUCUGUCCCUCCCACCAGCAAAAAGUGCCCCAAAAGCGGCUCCAAAACCAGCAGCUACCGCUCCAAAAACGAAUUCUUCAUGGAACUCGUCAGGUGCCGGCUCGCUUGGCGGUUCCAUUCUAGCAUCAGAGUACCAACUCAAGAUGUUGAGCAAACAACGCGCAAAAGCCGCCGCUACUGGAUCUAAAAAGAGAAUUUUCAUCACAGCACCGAAUUUGGACGAGUUUGAAACGGAAGAGGCAGAGGCGGAAAAGCCAAAGAGAAAGAAGAUGCAACCAGCUGCUACAAGAUCGAAGCUGUUCAGUGCUCUUCCGAAACCAAAGAAAGAGAUACCUGCUGGAAAAAUCAACGCGCCAGCAGUUUCAAGAUCAGACGGGCCGUCUUCAUCAUCAGCAUCUGAGCCAGAAAUAAAGCCAGUCAAGCCUUCUGGUCUUGUAAGCACGAGCUCGUUUAUGCCGAACUCUGUCAAGAACCGUCCACAACCUCAACCAAAGAAGCCAGUUGCUCCCAUAGUCGCUAAACCGCCGCCGAUUGUAAACGAAGCGGAAGAUAGCGAUUCUGAUGAUGAAGGAGGAUUCUUUUCCUUCAGCUCCAAAGAAAAAGACGCCGAAGAGCUUAAGAAGCAUGCACCAAUGAUGCCAGUUGGCCCAGUAAGGCCUUCUCUUGGCGAAAGGGAAAAGUAUCAAAUCGAUACGGCGCCACUUCCUGUUCAUGGAUCAACACGUCAUCCCGAUGAGGCAAACGCAGCAAUUGCUCCGUACGGCAACGAUUUGAGCAGUUUCCAAUCAAUCGCCGGUCGCGUUCCAACAAACGAGGAGAUUUCAGCCGCUGACGCUGGCCUUGACAUUGAUCGUCAAGCGAUUUCCAAGCUACAAGGACGGCGACGAGAAGAGGUCCAGUUCGUCGAUGCAGUCGUGGACAACUCUCUUGGCAACAUCCGCGAGAAUAUCAGAAAGAGUGCCAACCAGAAACACGUCUCCACCUCCAUGGUCGAUCCAGUCAAAGAGAUGCGAAAGAGCGAUCCAAAUGCGCACGUGUCAAAGAGAACGCAUCAGCUCAAGUAUCUCGUGGAGUUGGCGAAGGCAAACGAGACCCGAUUAAAUCAACUUUGGUCAAACGCGAAGCAGAGCAGUCGAACUACAGCUAUGAAAUAUGGCUGGUGA